CUAAUGGCUGGGAAGCUCCUUGCCUCCACGCGUAAUUCAGAUUCCUAUCGUGUUAAUGGGUCCGAGUAACUUUGCGAGCAGCUACGGUCGACUGCCCGCUGGCCCUCCUCACCAACACACUCCACUGAUCGGCUGGGAAUGGUUCUUACGCGUGGCUCAACUCUCAACCUGGGCAGCAGACACCAAGCACCAGGCACCAGUCUUUAGCCACACAGCGAUCAUGUGGUUGGAGGUGGCGACGGCAGCGGUGGCUGUGGUUCUGGCGACCCUCGUGUCCCUGAGGGUGUGGUACAGGACCACCUCAGGCCGCUGCACAAGUAAGAGGUCUAUGAUGGGCAAGACGGUCAUCAUUACAGGAGCUACAGCAGGGAUCGGGAAGGAGACCGCUCGUGACCUGUUGCAGCGCGGCGCCAGGGUCAUCAUUGCUUGCAGGAACUUGGAGAAAGGCUGUAGAGUGGCAGGUGAGCUACAGGCCAGUGGUGACAGCCGCUGCGAGGUGGUGGUGCGCCGCCUCGACACCUCCGAUCUAUCCUCUGUCAGGAACUUUGCCAAGGAAGUGCUGGAGACCGAAAAAGCCAUUCAUGUGCUGAUCAACAAUGCGGGCACUCUCGUCCCGGACAAGAAACAGUUAACUGCAGAUGGUCUCGAGCUGACCAUGGCCACCAACUACUUCGGCCACUUCCUGCUCACCAACUUGUUAUUGGGACGCCUAAAGGAGUCAGCCCCGAGUCGUGUGGUCAUCCUUUCCUCGCUUUAUCACGAGUAUGUCAAGAACUUGGACUUGAAGGAUCUUAACUUUGUCGGCGAGUCGUAUACUAUGAUCGAGGCGUACAACAAGAGCAAGCUGUGUAACGUGUUGUUUGCCCGGGAGUUGGCUGGCAGGACGGCAGGCACGGGUGUGACCUCUAACAGCCUUCACCCAGGCAUCGUGACCACCAGCAUCCUCGACAGCGUGCCCUAUACACUCCCAGGCUUCAUCCUCCGCAAACUGAGUACCUUCAUCAUCAAGGACUCAGUUUCCGGCGCUCAGACCACCAACCACUUAGCGGUAUCGGAGGAAGUGGAGGGGGUGAGUGGCCGCUACUUCGUUGAUUGCAAGGAGACAAUGCCAUCGGAACUGGCGUGCCGCAAGGACUUGGCCGCUGGUCUGUGGGAGGCGAGCGUGAAGGCGGUAGGGCUCAAAGAAACCGAGAUCUACUGCUGUGACCUAGGGGAGUCUGUCAGCAUUAGAAGCAGCAUCAAGGGAGCACGAGCUUCAGUCAACACUUGCCAAGCAUCAUAUCAACAGGUUAUCCUUUAUAGGAUGAGCUUAUCGUCAUCCUGGGUGCACGUCCGCUCCUCGCUUCAAGCCUUGACCAAACGGACAACCAUGUGGCUGGAGGUCCUGGCAGCGCUGGUGGUGGUGGUGAUGAGUGUGAGGUUCUGGUACACGUACACGUCGGGUCACUGCACCAGCACCAGGUCCAUGGCGGGCAAGACGGUCAUUAUCACCGGCGCCACGGCAGGAAUUGGGAAGGAGACUGCUCGUGACCUGUUCCAACGCGGUGCCCGAGUCAUCAUCGCCUGCAGGAACUUGGAGAAAGGACGCAAAGUGGCAGGUGAGCUGCAGUCUGAAGGUACAGCCCGCGGCGAGGUGGUGGUGCGUCACCUGGACACCUCCGAUCUUUCGUCCGUCAGGAAAUUCGCCAAGGAGGUGCUGGAGACCGAGAAAGCCAUCAACGUACUGAUCAACAACGCAGGUAUUUAUGGCAUGGGGAAGAGACAGGUGACGGCUGACGGUCUCGAGCUGACCAUGGCGACCAACCACUUCGGCCACUUCUUGCUGACCAACCUGCUGCUGGGACGUCUGAAGGAGUCUGGGCGGAGUCGGAUCAUUAACGUGUCCUCUCUAGGACACGCAUUUGCUCCCAAAUUUGACUUGAAUGAUCUGGCGAUAAGCAAGAACUACAACCCAACCAAUGCGUACAGCACCAGUAAACUCUGCAACCUGCUCUUUACUCGAGAACUGGCGGACAAGCUGGCUGGCACAGACGUGACGGUCAACAGUCUUCACCCAGGCCUCGUGCGGACUGAAAUCUUUGAUUCAAUGAACUUCUCUUUCGGAACUUUGAUCACGAACAUUAUGCUGGCUGUGGCCUCCAAGGACGCUGUAUCCGGCGCACAGACCAACAUCCACCUGGCAGUGUCGGAGGAGGUGGAGGGCGUGACCGGCAAAUAUUUCGUAGACUGCAAGGAAACUCCCACACGUGGUGGGAAGGUCCGCAAGGACUUAGCCACCGGGCUGUGGGAGGCGAGCGUGAAGGCUGUCGAGUUGAAGAAAGACGAGAUCCACUACUGACCUCCUGGCCGCUAUCAGUCACCAUGCUUAGGUCAAGCGGGUCACCGAUCACUUCCCGGCAGCUGAGCUACCAGCCUUGACUUUCCCUUAUCAUUUGCUUAAUUGUCCCACACUUUUCUUGUUUCCUUUUUCUUCGUAUUGUUUUCUUAUUUCAUCGAGCAACAGUUUUAUCAGACGUGUGCCGUAACUAUUCUUUAUAUCACUACCAACCCUCCCAUUUUUUAAACUUCAACAGUAUUCAUGACUUGAACUGUUCCGUAUGUCAGGAAAUAAACUUUAUGAACUUUUGGAAACGGUUA